AAGCAAAGAAAAAAAGGGGACGUUUUUUUCAAGAAUAGCUUGUUUUUUUCGUUGCCAAUUCCGAAGGGUGUUGCUGAACAUUGGUUACUCUUAAUUAAGCCAAGGACGAAAAGGCGAAGGGGGAAUAGGUAGUCCUGAAGCUCAAGGAAAUGGACCCAAGGCUUUCAAAUGCCAUUCUGAAGAACGAUAAAGUUGCCUUCGAAACAUUAGUUAAAGAGGACAAAGGGAUGCUCCAACAACGAUCCGCAAGUUGCUCCAACACGGUAUUACACCGGGCUUCAAGAAUAGGCCACGCAAAAGUAGCCAGAGCAAUUGUAGAGCUGUGCCCUGAUUUGGUUUCAGCUGAGAAUGCCCUGGGGGAUACUCCUUUGCAUGAAGCUUGUCGCGGAGGAAAUGCCGAUAUCGUGAUGUUGCUGUUGGAGACCAAACCAGAGGUAGUCACAGGACUUAACUCUAUGAAGGAGAGCGCAUUUUCCAUAGCUUGUAGCAGGGGGCAUCUUGAUGUAGUUAAGCUAAUGCUCAAUCAAAGCUGGUUAAUGGAUAUCGAAGAAGAUAGAUUCCCUUCAAAUGCUUUGCACGAAUCAGUAUCAAGAAAAAACACAAGCAUUGUGAAGGAGAUAUUGGAAGCGAGGCCAAAAUUUGCAUGGAAACGCGACAAGGAUGGGUGUUUACCUCUACACUGCGCUUGUCAAAACAGCAAUUUGGAGAUUACAAGAAUUAUUUUAGAGUACGAACCAAGAAGCUGUUUGCUGCUUAAUGAUAAAGGAUAUGCGCCAUUGCAUUUGGCAGCGAUGAAUGGUGAAGCUGCCAUAAUUCUUGAAUUUAUAUCAAGAGUUCCCAAAUCUUUCAAUUUAUUUACAAAACAGGGUGACUCUGUAUUUCACCUUGCUGUCAAAUCCGGCGACUUCGGCGCUUUCGUUAGCAUGGAGAAUAUUUUCAAGAACUCUUUCCACCUCCGCUUGCCAGACCAACACGGCAAUACAGUUUUGCAUCUUGCUGUCUCUACAGGCUGCUACGACAUUGCAGAAUACUUGAUCAACGAACACAUAUUGGAGCUCAAUGCCCCAAAUUACUCAGGACUCACAGCACUGGACUUGCUUGAACAGGGAGCGGACAGUGAUGGAAAAAAAAGAGUUCUUACAGCCUUGUUAAUUGAAGCCGGAGGUAAAAGGAGCAAUCAACUGUUAACAGGUAUCUCUUCUGCACCAAUUGGAGAAGGAAAUGACAACACCAAACACCACAUAGAUGUUAAAUUGCCAUGUGUUGCUCAAGGAAAUAAGAUGAGGAAAUCUAACACUCUGCAAAUACCAUCGCUACAAAAAUUAGAUAGAGAGACUAGUUCUCACCUGCAAACGAUGCAGGUUGAGGCGCUACAAAAUGCAAGGAACACCAUUAUAGUAGUAGCAGUUUUGAUUGCAACAGUAAGUUUAUCUGCUGGAAUAAGUCCUCCAGGUGGCGUCUACCAGGAUGGACCUUUGAAAGGGAAAUCAAUGGUAGCCAAAACAACAGCUUUCAAGGUUUUUGAAAUAAGUAACACUAUUGCAUUGUGCACAUCUCUUUCAGUGGUCUUUAUACUGGUCAGGAUCAUUCCCUUUCGAAGAAAGCCACUGAUGAGAAUGCUGAAGAUGGCUGAUAGAGUGAUGUGGGUAGCAGUAUCAUUUAUGGUAACAAGUUAUCUAGCAGCAACAUGGGUGAUUAUGCCGCAUAGUCAAGGCACAGAAUGGAUUAUGUCUAUGUUGAUACUUGCCCUCAGUGGUGGCACCGUUGGAAUAACCUUUAUUGUUAUAGGUGCGAUUCUGGCUAAUCAAUGGCAGAGGAAAAAUAAGUGGAGGAAGUCAGAGAGUAUAAAUAAGGAACUAGGAAGCGUAACUUCAGCCAUUGAACCCAAUUACAGAUCCGGAUUCUACUCGUACUGAUUGUUACUGAAAAAUCAGGCAUGCUUUUGCUGGUAAGACCUGGUGUAACUAUAGCUUACUUACAUGAGAUAAAUUGAUGAAUUUAAUGUUCACAAUUUAAAUUUAAUAUUAAAAUUCUAUCUCAUGUAUUUA